GACUGCAGACAUAGUACAGGGAAUGACCAGAGACUGCGGACACAGUACAGGAGAUGACCAGAGACUGCGGACACAGUACAGGAGAUGACCAGAGACUGCGGACACAGUACAGGAGAUGACCAGAGACUGCGGACACAGUACAGGAGAUGACCAGAGACUGCGGACACAGUACAGGAGAUGACCAGAGACUGCGGACACAGUACAGGAAAGCGCAGCGCAUGCGCAGUGGGCACCCGGCUGUCACAGAAGCCAGCGCGGGAAGA